UCAGAAGCUAUUCAAAAUGCGAUCAACCACUACAAUGUACAAGCAUUCACUUUAAAUCCACCACGGCAGAAGAUAUCUUGGAAAGAUAUUGCUGACUACAGUUUCCUUGGUGAAUUUGAUCUUCUGCACAAUUCUCGCACUGAUAUUAGAAAUAGUGACUGGGUGACACCUGCUCAUCGAGAGGUGACCACAAAAUAUUUCAAGCUUUGUCGAGCCCACAAAGAAAUCACUUGGCUCAAUGUCGAAGUUCACCGCCUGCAUACUGCAAUUCAUGAUGAGGAGCUCCAUGCCUGUGGUUAUACAGGAUCUUCUUGUUUUGAACCUGCAAUUGGGGAAUGA